UGAUGGCACACUGGCAAUGCAUGCGCUCCAUAGGGGGGGCAAAGUCCUCGAUGACAACAUUGCUUUGUCAUACGACGUAGUGUUUAUAUCGAGUACUCGUCAGUCGGUCGGUAAACCGCGUCACAGGAUAAAUAAAUGUGUAAGUGAAAUACCUGUCACUGCGACUGUGAUAGUCAGUCGUUUCGAGUCGUGAAUCGUGAUCCCCCACCAAGUGCAUUCAGUCGGGUUCCUGUUAUCAUCGCCCCGAUCCGAUGAUAGUGCUCCUGCUCUCUAAGCCCAGUCAGUCAGUCAGUCAGUCAGUUGUUCUUCUAAUUUCAAUUGCGGCUCUGUGUUGUGUACCCGAAACAGCUGUUUGUGCCGUACGGUGGUCCCCGCGUGUGUAGCAUUGUAGCAGUAUCAAAGCGAAGCUCGAUCGAUCCGGUCGAGACGUGAAGCCCGCGCGAUACCCCCGCUUCAGAGACAAUUUACAGACUCCGGAGUUAAUAUCACGAAACCACUUUGUGUUCGACUUCUCAGUACGACAGUGUCGGUCAUUUCAAACGCGCGUUGUGUGUGUCCAUCUAUCAUUUACAACGGGGUUCCUGAUUUUUCGAAGGUUCAGUAAUAAUUUUCGUAUUUCGUUAUGGCGAUGAGAUGUGUAGGAUUGCUCGUCAAGAGCACCAUGGUCCAGUCCGGACAGCGCAGGCUGAUAUCCCAAUCAGCUGUUGCUAUGAACAGGAUGCUUCAGGAUUCACCAAACGCUCACCUAGAUAAAUCAAUCUUGCAAAGGUACACUCGUCUUCCUCAAGACGAUCGGUUCACGCAGGUCACUUACGUGUGGAUCGAUGGUACGGGUGAGUACUUGCGCGCUAAGGAUCGCGUCCUUGAAAUCAAACCUACAAAACCAGAAGAUCUGCCAAAAUGGAGCUACGACGGUAGUUCUACAUACCAAGCUCUCGGAGGUGACAGUGAUGCAUCAUUGGUUCCACGAGCUUUAUACAAAGAUCCAUUCCGCGGUGGUCACCACGUGCUCGCGUUGUGCGAUACAUACAAGCCUGACGGAUCGCCCGCGGACACCAACCAUCGCAUGGCUAUGCAAGAUGCCGUUGACAAGACUAAAGAACACGAACCUUGGUUUGGUAUUGAACAAGAAUAUACAUUACUGGAUACAGACGGCAGGCCCUUAGGAUGGCCAGCGCAAGGUUUUCCAGGACCCCAAGGACCCUACUACUGUGGCGUAGGAGCUGAUAAAGUUGUUGCAAGAGAUUUGGUUGAAGCACAUACUUGGGCAUGCCUUUACGCCGGUGUCAGAAUCAGCGGCACGAAUGCUGAGGUAAUGCCUGCGCAAUGGGAGUACCAGGUAGGCCCUGGAGUAGGUAUGCAAGCGGCCGAUGAUUUGUGGAUGUCGCGGUACAUUUUACACCGCGUUGCUGAAGAUUUUGGUGUGGUUGUGACGUUCGAUCCUAAACCUAUGGUUGGAGAAUGGAAUGGUGCUGGGGCACACACGAACUUCUCAACAAAAUUGAUGCGUCAAGAGAACGGAAUCCAGGAAAUCAGGAGGGCUAUCGAGUUGUUGAGUAAGCAGCAUUUGAAACAUAUCAAAGCUUACGAUCCACGUGGAGGACGGGACAACGAGAGGCGUUUGACCGGCCGUUUGGAGACUUCUUCAAUUCACGAUUUCAGUUCGGGAGUCGCUUCCCGCGGCGUGUCUAUCCGCAUCCCGCGGGCGGUCGCCGCUCAAAACAAAGGAUACCUCGAGGACAGGCGCCCGUCAUCAAAUUGCGAUCCCUACAGUGUGUGUGAAGCUAUUCUUACGACGUGUUUGCUGUAGUGUUAUACAUUCCCGUAAAAUUGCCAAUAAAAAUCGUGUGUUUAACGUUUAAGAUUUAAAUUUAUAAAGACGAUUAUUUUUAUUGAUUAAUAUUAUUGUAUAUUUUAUUGAAAUAGUCAAAAACGACGACUAAUUAUGUAUAUGUAUGUAUAGACCUCAUCAAAAACGUAUCUGCUAUGUUAAUGUAAUUUAAGGCUGACAAAUUAUAUAUCAGAACUAAUUAAGGGACUACAAAAUUUUUUUAAGAUAUA